AAACGGCGCACUGCUGUUUGCCAGAACUGUUUCCUGUGUCAACAUAUCUUGCUAGCCGGAGCGAAAAGUACCCACAUUCAACUAUUGUAUGGGACAAGAGUUUCGGAUUUCAAGACAAAAUGGAUGGUGAAGAGAAGGCCUAUGGUGGCUGUGAAGGCCCAGAUGCCAUGUAUGUGAAGCUGAUCUCCUCUGAUGGCCAUGAGUUUAUAGUGAAGAGGGAACACGCCUUGACUUCAGGGACCAUCAAAGCCAUGUUGAGUGGACCAGGUCAGUUUGCAGAGAAUGAAACCAACGAAGUGAACUUCAGAGAGAUCCCUUCCCAUGUCCUGUCCAAGGUGUGCAUGUACUUCACCUACAAGGUCCGCUACACCAACAGUUCCACAGAAAUACCAGAGUUCCCCAUCGCCCCUGAGAUUGCCCUGGAACUACUCAUGGCUGCAAACUUCUUGGAUUGUUAACUCAAAGAAAUGUAGCUACUGAAACUCUUUUUUAAAAAUAUUUGUUUUGACUAUUUAACUUGUUUGCCAUGUUGCUUCAGAUAUAAAACAAAACCGUGAAUGAUGAGUACUUUGUCAGUAUGCUUUUAAGCUUUUGUUUAUUUAUAUAUAUUUUUUUGCUACAGGCUUUAUGUCCACCUUUUUUAUUGGUUAGUAACGACUUUCAUUUGAAUAUAAUAAACACAUAUGGCUGCACCAGUUGCUCCAGAAUGUGGCUAGCCCCUGGUAAACAAUCGUUCCUUACCUCCCCACCACAAUAAAGGAUGUUUGAGUGUU